AUGGGUGGUCGUAUUGAUAAAGAAGUGAAUACAGGGAGGUCACCUCCAGUUUUUAGAUUGAACGGCCAGAACUUUCAUUUAUUGGGCAGUCUGUUACCUGUUGAUGGCAAUAAACCUAAGUUCGCACAGCUUUAUAUCCACGAUGCCGAGAAUGAGAUUUUCAAUCGUUUGAACUCUGUUAGGGGUGGUAAUGAGAUCAAAGAAUUACAUGAAGACAUUGUUUCUGAUAUUCAGUUAGCACUGGAUGAGAAUAAUGUUUUGGUUAAGUCAUUUCGAAUGGCUAGAGAUGUAAUAGUCACAAAUUCAAGAGUUGAUGUCAGAAUGAAAUUAAUUGGGAAACGCAACCAGGAUGCUAAAACAUACAAUCUGCCUACAGUCUCUGAGGUUGCUGCUAUAGUUGUUGGUGAUUUGGAUCCAAUGUUGGGUGAACGAGAUAUAUUGAUAGAAAGUAAAUCAGGUGUUCUUAAGAGAAUUAGUGAACUUAAUCCAGCAUAUCUCCCACUACAAUAUCCAAUUUUGUUUCCAUACGGUGAAGAUGGUUAUAGAGAGGAUAUUCAUUUCCAUGUUGAAAGAAAUAUUGAGAAUGGAGCUAGGCAUAGUGUUUCUCUUCGUGAAUACCUAUCAUUUCGUAUUCAUGAACGAGUUAAUGAGAUUUCAACAUUUUUGUAUGCUAGAAGGUUAUUUCAACAAUUUUUAGUUGAUGGGUAUACAAUGGUGGAAUCUGGUCGGUUGUUGUAUAUUCGGACACAUCAACAGAGCCUACGAUGUGGAUCAUAUAAAGGGUUGUUUGACGCGUUGACACGUGGGGAAGUUGAACCUGGGACUCAGGGGCGACGGAUUGUAUUGCCUUCUACCUUUACUGGUGGUGCACGAUAUAUGGUUCAAAAUUACCAAGAUGCAAUGGCAAUUUGUGGUUGGAUUGGUUAUCCAAAUAUAUUCAUCACAUUUACAUGUAAUCCCAAGUGGCCAGAAAUUCAACGUUUUUUGGAACGAAGGGAUUUGAAAUCUGAAGAUCGACCAGAUAUUAUGUGUCGUGUAUUUAAAAUGAAAUUAGAUGCUUUGAUUAAAGAACUACGGUCUGGUACUAUUUUUGGGAAAAUUGUCGCUGUCAUCUAUACAGUGGAAUUCCAAAAGCGAGGCUUGCCGCAUGCACAUAUUCUUCUCUUUGUUGACCGUGGUGCUGCUCUUAAUUUUGCCUCGAAUGUUGAUUCUAUCAUCUCUGCAGAAAUUCCAAAUAAGGCUUACGAUCCGGAAUAUUAUAAAGUUGUGGGAGAGUUUAUGAUGCAUGGUCCAUGUGGUGUAGCAAACAAAAACUCUCCAUGUAUGGUUAAGGGGCGUUGUUCUAAACACUUUCCUAAGAAAUUUAUGGAAUCGUCAAUUCUUGAUGGUGAUGGGUAUCCAAUUUAUAAGCGUAGAGAUGAUGGUAAUACAAUCCUUAAAAGUGGUGUUGAAUUGGAUAAUAGAUUUGUUGUACCCCACAAUAGAUAUUUAUUGAUGAAGUAUAGAGCACACAUCAAUGUAGAAUGGUGUAGCCAAUCUCGGUCGAUCAAGUAUUUGUUUAAAUAUGUGAACAAAGGUCAUGAUCGAGUUACAGCCCAGUUUUAUAAGAGCACUGAUUGUCACGAAAGUACUGAAGUUAUAGAUGAAAUAAGUAUGUACUAUGAUUGUCGGUACAUUUCUCCUUGCGAGGCUGCAUGGCGUUUGUUUAGCUAUGAUAUUCAGUUCCGCAAUCCAGCAGUUGAACGCUUGAGCUUCCACUUGCCAAAUGAACAAAACAUUGUUUUUGCUGACGAUGCUACUGUAGAAUCAGUUCUUGAUAGGCAAACGGUGAAGAAUAGCAUGUUUUUGGCUUGGUUUGAAGCGAAUAGGAGGUACCCCUAUGCGCGACAAUUGACUUACAAAGAUAUGCCUAACGCUUUUGUGAGGAAAAAAAACAUCCGUGAGUGGCAACCAAGGCAGAGGGGUUUUGCAAUAGGUCGUAUGUUUUAUGUGCCACCUGGUAGUGGUGAAAUUUUCUAUCUUAGGUGUUUGUUAAAUUUAAUUCGUGGCCCAAGAUCUUUUCAAGACAUACGUACUGUUGAUGGUAUUGAAUACUCAUCUUUUCGAGAUGCGUGUUAUGCUCGUGGGUUGAUAUCUGACGAAAAGGAAUAUAUUGAUGCAAUAGUCGAAGCAAGUCAAUGGUCGACUGCUUCUACUCUCAGGAGGUUAUUUGUUAUUCUACUAACAUCAAGUUCACUUUCCCAUCCUGAGAAGGUUUGGGACGUUGUUUGGCCGCACUUGUGUGACGACGCAGAGUAUAAUCAGCGCAGAGUGUCUGCUAUUCCAGAUUUGAGGUUGCCAGAUGUUGAGAAACAAAACUACGGGCUGGUUGAAUUAGAGAAGCUUUUGUCCGCAUGGAGCAAGCGCUUGAGUGAUUAUCCGUGUAUGCCUAUACCUGACAUGAGUUCUUCAAAUGCAUCCCAGAACCGAUUAUUGGCUGAGGAAUUGUCCUAUGAUUGCACGUUAUUGGGUAAAGAACACGAGGCGUUGGUGCAGAAACUAACAGAUGAACAACGACAAGUUUACGACACUGUCCUUACUUCAAUUUCCAGUAAUACAGGGGGGCUGUUUUUCGUCUAUGGUUAUGGUGGUACUGGGAAAACAUUUGUAUGGCAAACUUUAUCCGCGGCAUUACGAUCAAAGCGUAAAAUUGUUUUAAAUGUUGCAUCAAGUGGAAUUGCUUCGUUAUCAUGUCUGGGGAGUGAUCUAGCUGAGUUACUAAUUCAAUGCAGCUUGAUUAUCUGGGACGAAGCACCUAUUAUGCAUAAGCAUUGCUUUGAAGCUUUAGAUAGGACUAUGCGAGAUUUGUUAAGAUUUGCUAAUCCAUUAAGUUUAACCUUGCCAUUUGGAGGGAAAACUGUUGUUCUGGGGGGUGACUUUAGGCAAAUAUUGCCAGUGAUACCAAGGGGUACUAGACAAGAAGUUGUUGGUGCAAGCAUUAAUUCUUCUUAUUUAUGGACUCAUUGUAGGGUAUUGAGAUUGACAAAGAAUUUGAGGCUACAAAACGUAGGAUCUGUUGAAGAAAAUAAAGAGUUGUGUGGUUUUGCUAAUUGGAUUGCUGCGAUAGGGGAUGGACAAGUUGGUGGACCAAACGAUGGUCAUGCAGAGGUUCAAAUUCCACACAAACAUGUCCUAAAGCCAGAUUGUGAUCCGAUUCAGGGCAUUGUGCAAAGUACAUUUCCUAUGUUCCAUGAGAAUCAGAGUAACGGCACUUAUCUCAUUGGUCGAGCAAUUCUAGCACCAACACUUGAGGUUGUUGACGAAGUUAACGAUUACAUGAGUAGUUUGAACGCUGCAGAAUGUAGAACAUAUUACAGUUCUGAUUCUGCAUGCCCCAUUGAAAACACACUCGAUGCAGUUGCCGCACUACACACCCCAGAGUUAUUAAAUGGCUUGAAAUGUUCUGGCUUGCCUAAUCAUUCACUAACUUUAAAGGUUGGAUCUCCCAUCAUGUUAUUGCGAAAUAUAGAUCAUUCAGCUGGAUUAUGCAAUGGGACAAGGUUAAUCAUUUCGAAGUUAGCAGAUCACGUUGUUGAAGCCACAAUACUUUUUGGAACUAACGCAGGUAUGAAGGUCUUGAUUCCACGAUUGUCGCUUACACCGUCAGACCUAAGGUUACCAUUUAAGUUUCAACGAAGACAAUUCCCAGUAAUGUUGUCUUAUGCUAUGACAAUAAACAAGAGCCAAGGCCAAACGCUUUCUACAGUUGGACUAUUGUUGAAAAAACCAGUUUUUGUUCAUGGACAACUGUAUGUUGCUUUGUCUAGAGUUAGCAAUCCCAAUGGUCUUAAGUUACUUAUUUGUAACGACAAUGGAGAGUAUAUUUCUUCAACGUCAAAUGUUGUAUACAAAGAGGUCUUUAAUAAUCUAUAA